CACCACGCUCCCGCACCUCCACAGCCAGGACAAGUGUACAAAUCUACGGUGUUUGAACACCAUUCGGAUCGCCUUGUUGACUCGGUGCAUCUUCGAUAUAGUAGAAAGUGAAGCAAGCUUUAAGGUGCGCUACAGUGCCUUAGUGAGAGUGUCGUGCUUGUGUCUGUGCCUGUGUGCCAGUAGUGCCCAACCUCGCUCCCGCCUCUCGGUGAGGAGCCUCAGCCGCAACACUGCUUGACUUGUGCCCUACGACCGCCAGCACGGCGCCCAUCACCAUGCAAAUGGAUGCUUUGCACUGCGGAUACCCGCAUGUGUCCGCGGGUAUGGGAGGCGGCGUGCCCAUAACACCGCCAGCAACCCCACUCAAGACAUAUCCCGGACGCCCACCUUCUCCAGCUGUGUGGACUCUGGCUUCGCGCAGCACGAGUAUGCCCAGCACGAGUUCGCGGACCAGAAGUACAGCCACCCAGAGUUCACAAACAACAACACAGAAUAUACAAAUAACAACACAGACUACCCCAGUAGCACCUACACGCCUACGCACUCCUUAUCGCCGCCGGAGUCGCCGAUGGUCACGCCCAAGACUACGCCAACCCACACCCCCGCCCACACGCCCCUAUCGUCGACGCCUAGCAAAGGAAACUCCAAGUCCAGAACCAGAAAAAAUAGCUUCGUUUAUGACGUCAGAUUAACGGACGAGCAGUUCCUGUUCUUCGUACCUGAUUUUGAUUUGGUUAAGUCCCACUUGAUGUUCGCGGUGCGAGAGGAGGUGGAGGUCCUGAAGGAGAAGAUUACGGAAUUGAUGGAGCGCAUCAACCAGCUGGAGUACGAGAACACCGUCCUGCGGCAAUACGCGACGCAGGAGGCGCUCCAGCAGAUCCAGCAGCCCCACCACAACUCCAACACCUGAACCCCCGCGCCCCACCAUUAACACAGCGCCUCCUCAUGGCCGCCCUCGCGGUGGCCCCCCCCAACUCCCUCUCGGCGGCAGCUGAUGCAGCGGUUCCUGGGCCUUAGGCGGCCUGAGCGGUGUGCACCCUCUUCGGCGGGCUGACCCCGGCCGCCCGCCCCGCCCACACGCCGCCCACGGACGCCCACGGCACCCAGCAUCGUCAUACAAGCUCAUCAUUUUCAUUUCCAUUACGGCUCCGGCUAAUUAUUUAGGCUUUGUUGUGUAUAUAGUCCAUUCAGACUCCACCAAGUUUGUACACAUUAUUUUUGUUGGCCUUGUAUUACAAUAGUGAGGUGUAAGGAGUUUGUGAGCGUGAUGAUAGAUGAAUCAAUAUAUAUAAAUGUAUGUUUUGCUUGGCUUACCGUCAAGAGGACAGGGCGCGCGUCACAGCAGGAGCAGUGGGGCAGCCGGGCGGCCAUCGCGCCGGCUGCCCUCUUUCAAGAAGCGCUUGGACCAUGCUGGACCCGCGCCUCCUCACGCACUCCACACAGCGCUCAUACACUCCAACACACGUGUUGUGUUCACAGCAUCUCCAUCAUUAUUCAGAAUUAUUUGUCAGUGAUGUCUAAGGGUAGUGAGGUAGCAAAGUGGUGAUGGUAACGCGAGAAGGACAGCAGCGCUACGGGUGAGCGAGUGAAUGACGCCCGGCGCCGCCAGGAACGCCGGCCACGACAGAUAAGGUGCGUGGCUCAAGCACACGCACUCUGAGGCCAGGAAUGCACAGGUCAACCCGCGCUGAUCAAUCUCUCUGCUCGGAGAAGUCGAAGGUGUCAGCUGUUGGUAUGUUUUACUGCCUUACGUGGGACAAGAAACGACAGGUUAUAUAGAUUUAUCUUCUGUGAAUGAUGACCCCCCCCCUCCCGCCUUCCCCAGGAUAAAGCUUGUACCGACAGCAGUACUGUAGUUACACAAAGGUGCUCACGGCUAGCAUGAAACACCUGAAAAUGUAAAAUGUCUACUGAUCAGGAGGACUGAAGCCUCCCCCACCCCGCGCUCUCCCGCCCCAACGACCCUGUGCCUCAGAAGACAACCCCAGUAUAGGAGCACCCUGCUUGGCACUAAGCACGUGAAGGCAUGUGAUAUUAUAGUAUAUCCUUUCCUCCCUCCCUCUCUCUCUCCUCACCGCUUUCUCACCCUCUUCCUCCACCCUUCCUCUGUUUCCACCUCUUCUCCUUCCCGUCCCCCAGCCCAGGUCAGCACCUCAAAGGAGGUAGCUCAUUCACUUCCUCAUAUUGGGGAGGUUCCUCGUAGUGCCGGCGGCCGGAGGGCCAUCCGGGGGAGGUUCUCGCUCCUCCCCGGGUGAUGACGACGUACUCCCUGCUUGAGGCUUGACGAGGCUAGUCGAACUUUUACCAUGUAGUGUCCACGUUUGACAAGUGGACGGAAGUCACUUUUUGUCCAGUUUUCCGCUGUGCCAUUCUGCCUGAGGUAUUGUAGGACCACGACCAGCCAAACACAAACUAGAGGUCUCACAACGAAUCUCUAGAACUCUUGAUGAAAAUUUAUGUAUGACUUUAAAGCUUCUCUUAUUUUUUAAACAAAAGAUUGACAAGGUUUACUUUUUAAUAAAAAAGAUAUAUUGUAUUAUGAUUUCGAUGUGUAUUGAGCCUUUAUGAUAUUUUUAUGCCCCUUGUGUUUAUUCUUGUCAAUGUCGAAACUACUCUCAGAAACUGUAUUUUGUUAUAUGUACAUUUCUAGUUACUGUAACAUUGUUGCUCAUUACAGUCUCCUGCUGUCAUACUAUUAAAAGUUCCUGAGGUAAUAUAGGUUUGAGUAUUUUUUUUCUCUCUCGGUGAAUGCAAAUCGCUUGUGUAAUGUCCUGCCGACUGACUGGUGAUGUGUACUAAGGUGAUAUAAUGUAAAUAGCGUUAAGAGCGUUGUCCCGUGUAACGACCAGGACAAUCUCGUUCAAUUCUCAACCGGUAUUCAGCUACUGGGCAGC